UCCUGGGGGAGGGGAGCAAAAUGGGGAUGGGAGCAGGGAGGGGGAAGGAGACAGGAGCAGAGUGUUAUCCAGCUUAGCACCUGGAGCAGGGGAGGGCCCUGAAGCCUCCGAAGGAUGAGGGGGCGGGGAGAGAGUCCCCAGCAGCAGGCCCUGUCCGUGGGGUCUUGUGCCCCCCAGCAGCAGGCCCUGUCCGUGGCUCCUGUGCCCCCCAGCGGCAGGCCCUGUCCUCGUAUCCUUUGUGCCCCCCAGCAGCAGGCCCUGUCCUCGUAUCCUUUGUGCCCCCCAGCAGCAGGCCCUAUCCGUGGCUCCUGUGCCCCCCAGCAGCAGGCCCUGUCUGUGGCUCCUGUGCCCCCCAGCGGCAGGCCCUGUCCGUGGGGUCUUGUGCCCCCCAGCAGCAGGCCCUGUCCGUGGCUCCUGUGCCCCCCAGCGGCAGGCCCUGUCCGUGGCUCCUGUGCCCCCCAGCGGCAGGCCCUAUCCGUGGCUCCUGUGCCCCCCAGCAGCAGGCCCUGUCCGUGGCUCCUGUGCCCCCCAGCAGCAGGCCCUGUCCGUGGCUCCUGUGCCCCCCAGCAGCAGCCCCUCUGGCACGAGGCCCCUCAGAAUCUCACUCCUACUCGUCCAAGGGCACCAGGCGGCAGAAGUCACUUUCCUCACCCCCGGGGGCUUCCCCUGCCUCGGCCCUUUCUGCCAACAUGGUCGCCAGAGGCAACCCAUCUCCUCCCCACCUACCAGGUCCCACAGCGCAAGCUGCCGCUCACUCAUCCUGCUGAAGCCGAUGCUCAGCAGCUUCCCUUGGCGCUGAAGAUGGCCCGCAUCGGGCGCACACCCUCCUGAGGCCGGCUCGCUCCUGCUCGCCGGGGUGGGGGGGUUAGAGCGGGCUGCCCUCCCUGCCCCCCCAGCGCCCACAUCUGUGCCCCGAGGAAGCAGGAAGACUCUGCGAGGCGACACAGGCGUGCCCGGAGAAACAUGGUGCCCCGAGGGUUAGUGACGGAGGCCAGUGACCCAGGCGCCUCUCGGGAAGCAAAGCCGCUGGGGCCGGGGCAGGAGUCCGCUAAGGAGGCUUGUCCGGCCCAGUACAAUGCGCUCGGCCCUUUACAUACAUUACCUCAUCGGAUCCUCACAACGACCCUCUGAGGUCGGGACUGCGCCCCCAUUUUACGAAUGAGGAAACUGAGUCUCAGACCCAUGAAAUGACUGGCCCACAGUAACCCAAAGGCAGGAUUUGAACCAGGGGCUUUUCUGAUUCUAGGUCAAGCUGCUUGGUCCCUAAUUUUCUCACCCCAAAAGGCCUGGGGGAGGGGGACCAUUUCUAAGGCUGAGGGGACCAGGUUUGGGGAAGGAGCCAAGGGGUGGGGAGCUCUCACAGGAGGCCCCAUCCCCCUCACCAGAGAGACUAGGGAGAGCCAGGUCAGGGAGGGUUCUCCUGGGCUGCUGGCCUCAGGGGGACGCUGGGGGUGGGAUGAAGCUUCCACUCCCGCUGCCCACUUCCUGCUAAUCCUGCUUCCCUUGUCCCAGAGCGGGGGAAGGGAAAGGAGGGGGCUGGGAGAGAGGCAGGAUGGGGGUCGGGGCAGAGGCCUGGGCACAAGGAGGGCUCCCAGGCCGGAGGGGCCACAGGCUAGAAGGUCGGGGAAUCGCUGAGGACUGAGGGCCACCGGAGAAGAGCAUGGCAGAUGCUGGGAGGCUCUGGGCCUGGGGAGCUGAGGAGGGCGGAGGCCUCGGAGCCGAGUGCUAGAGAAAGCUGGGGUCAGAGGCUUCUGGGGGUCUCGGGGGCUGGAAACUGCUUGGGCUUUGGAGGACUAGGGGUCAGGGCAUCAAGUGCAGGGGAUCAUGGGCUAGGAAGUCAA